UAUCUCCAGUAAUAAAAAAAAAUCGUCCUAUUUUCUUUAAAAGCCUUGACUAUUAUAAGUGCAAACCAACAUUAUGUCGGAUAUAGAUAAUAUAUUGACAAGUUUACAGCGUUUUUCAUGGCUGGACUAUGUCGUGUUCAUAGCUAUGUUUGUGAUGUGCAUUUUAAUUGGAAUUUAUUUCGGUUUUAUGAAAAAGUCCCUUUCGGAAUCGGACUACCUGAUGGGUGGUCGUAAUAUGCUCGUAUUGCCUAUAGCUUUAUCACUUGUGGCUAGUUUUGUAUCAGGCAUAACACUACUAGGAUUACCCACAGAAGUCUAUUCAUAUGGCAUACAAUAUACGUAUGUUGCACUUGGUGUACUUGCUAUGGGAGUCGUGAUGGGUGUGUUCUAUCUACCUGUUUUUCAUAACCUAAAUAUUACUUCCACGUAUGAGUACUUGGAAAUUCGCUUUAACAGAAGUUCUCGAAUGUUUGGUUCACUUAUGUUUACAAUAAUGAAUAUUUGCUAUCUAUCGAUUGUUAUAUAUGUACCAGCUCUGGCCUUUAAUCAAGUAACAGGCGUAGCAGUACAUACAAUAACUCCUAUUGUAUGUGUCAUUUGUGUGUUCUAUACCAGUUUGUACAAUUGUAACAUAUAA